UUUUCUCCCUCCAUCUCUCUGACUCUCUGCUUCAUCUCUGCAUCUGCACUUAUUGUUGUCUCGAGCUAUCUAAAUAUACAAAACUAGAAAAGAUUAAGAGAAAAACAGAGGGUUUUGGUUAAUUUACGUUUUGAUAUAUUGUGUGUAAUGGGCGAAGUGUGCGACGACGACGAUGGAAUCUGAGAGGCCUCAUCGAAGCGGAAGCACCGGCAGCGAGCUCUUCAUCUGCUUCACUUCGAGACUUUCCUCUUCAUCCAUGAAAAUUUCUUCUAAAUCGAUGCUCAGCCCUGGUCGCACGGAUAAGUUCCGGGAACCCUCGUCUCUCUCGUCGUCGUUGAGCAGAAGACUUAGAAGUCAUGGCAGCAUGAGAGGUGGGCAAGCGUCGCCCAUGUUCCCGACAGGAAACAAGAAGAGAGGCUCCACGUUCGACACUGCCGAACCCUCGUCCCCGAAAGUCACCUGCAUUGGCCAAGUUCGCGUCAAGACGAAGAAACACGGGAAGAAAAUGAGAACGAGAUCGAAGCGAUGUAGGAACGGGAGUUUCAGAAGAACAGAGCAAAUCCAGGACGGUGUUCAUCCGCAGCAGCAUCAGGAGUGCUUACCGCACAGAAAUCAGAGAUGGGUUCAUAUCCCUUUGUCAAUUUGCGAGGCUCUAAGAGCUUUCGGGGCCGAGUUCAACUGUUUCCUUCCUUGCCGGUCUUCGUGUACAUCGACUAACGAAAGGGAAAAGGCAGAAAAGGCGAGGACAUCCCCAGCUUCGACUCCUACAAGUUCCUGUGGGACUGUCUUUGCGCGAUGGUUGCUGGCCUUACAAGAUAGUGAGGAGGAGAAGAGGAGAGAGAUGGAAUUGGUAGUUAGAGAAGAAGAGAAGAGAAAGAAUCUAAAGAUGGUCCACGUGAUCGACAUUGAAGAGAAAGGAGAAGCGAAGGAGGUAGCUGGCGAGGAAGAAGAGGGGAGAGUGAGCAUUUGUGUUCCACCCAAAAAUGCCCUGUUGUUGAUGAGAUGCAGAUCUGAUCCUGUGAAGAUGGCUUCUCUGGCUAAUCGCUACUGGGAAUCCUCUGUCACAAAGGCCGGCGACGACGAAGACGAUGAUGAAGACGGAGAGGAUGACAACGAAGAUGAUCGUAUUGAUGAACAGCAAAAAAGCGAAGGAGAAGAAGGCAAUGGGGAAAAAGACGAAGAUGAAGAAGAAUUCCGGGAAGUAAUAGUUCAGCUAGAAGAGGACCAAGGACAAAUGGGAAUGUCUGAUAAGAGGGCCUCAAUCGAAGAAAUUGGAGAACACCAAAACCCACAAAAGCACGAGAAGUUCGAAAUGCAAGAAUACCCAACUAAAGAAGAAGAAGAAAAGCCAGAUGAAGAACAAGAAGAAAAUCCAGAAAAGCAGCAAGAAAGAAAGAUGGAGCUUACAAAAGAAGAAAUCUUGGUAAAUGGGUCUUCAGCUGAAUCCCCAGAAGAACCUAAAAACCAGGAAAAGGAAAGAAGCGAUGGAGAAAUAGAGCAAGACGCCCAUUUGACGGAGACAAUAAAGGAAGCAGAAGAGGCGAGGAGAGCAAGCGUUUCUUCUUCUUCUUCUCGCUCUUCACAGGAUCCCGAAGCCGAACCAGGAGGUCCAAGGCCAACAUUAGCAGACCCAGUGGCAGCUUUGGAAGAGGGAGUUGAAAAGUCAAUAAAAGAGAAAGGGACGGAGAAGACCUACGAGAGAUAUGCAAAGGAGCAACAACUGCAACAACAAGAAAAUCAUGAACAUGAUGAAGGAGACAGGUCAAAGGUGAGAGAAGAAGAUUCUGUGCUACCCGAUUGCUUGCUGUUGAUGAUGUACGAGCCAAAGCUGUCGAUGGAGGUAUCAAAGGAGACCUGGGUUUGCAGUACCGACUUCGUUAGAUGUCGCCCUUCGAAACAAACCACCGCGUCGACCGUGAGGAACGGCGGAGAUGAAUGCAAGCGGAGAGUGAGUACCGACACAAACCCUGGAGUGCAGGUGCAGCAGCAGAAACAGCGACACCAUCGGAAGCAACCGCUCCGGCCACUGCCGCAGGCUGCCCGGAAAUCCUGUUCAAAUCCGGUUCCAGCCCGGAAAUCAUGUUCCAAUGGGCCACCGGCGGCGCCAUCCAUGGCGAACAUGAUCGAGCAGAAGCUAGUGAAUGCAGAGGCGUACGAACCUUUCGUGCUGACGCGAUGCAAGUCGGAGCCGAUGCGAUCCUCGGCUAAGCAUGCGCAGGAGUCUUGUUUCUGGAAUAACGGAAAGCUUGAGUAUCUUGAGCCUCAUCGCCCUACGAUCGGCAUCGGCGCGGCUGGUAUUGGCUACUAAGUAAAGCCGACUAGAACUGGCGCCCGAGCCGUUUUUCCCGUGUAGAGUGUAGUAGUCUGUACUCUGUCGAGUCCCUAUGUACAUCUUUUUUAUUUUAUUUUAUUUUAAAUCAAGUUUAUUUUUAAUUUUUCGAAGAAAAUGACAACAUAUCUUAUGGCCCCACGUAUUGAACUGGU